AUGGAGCAAUUCCGGCAGAUUGGUGAAGUUCUGGGAAGCAUCGAGGCCCUGAUGAUGUUCCGAGACGAGAUACGAGUCAACCGGCACCAGUGUUGCUUGCUGGUGGACGCUUUCGAUCUCGCCUUCGAGAGCGUGGCAGAGGAGAUGAGGAACCAUCUGAGGUUCGACGAGAAGCUCAUCAAGUGGAAAGCCCUCGAGCACCCUCUCAGGGAGCUCCACCGGAUCUUCCGAGAAGGGGAGCAGUAUCUCAGGCAGUGCUUGGAGCCCAGUGAUUGGUGGGGAAAAGCCAUAGCCCUCACUCACAACACUGACUGCGUCGAGUUCCACCUUCACGACUUGUUAUGGUGUGUCCCCAUCGUGAUGGAGGCGAUCGAGAAUGUCGGGGAGAUCACGGGAACAGACCAAGAAGACAUUGGUAGGAAGAAGCUCGUUUUCUCGAAGAAGUACGAGAAGGAGUGGAUGGAGCCUAAGCUCUUUCAGCUCAAGUUUGGUAAAUCCUACUUGGCUUCUCAGGAACUACGCAACAAAAUGGAAACAGCAUGGAAGGAAGAUCGAUGGGUUCUCUCGGAAACGAUAGCCGAGAGGAGAAGCCCAGGAUCCAAGCCCCUGUCUAAGCAAGAGAACCGGCUUGCCGAGCUCCUGGUGUGCCCCAAAGGGAAGCUCUUCCCAUCCUCAGCUCUUGUAGGAUCGAAUGACUACCAAGUCAGAAGAAGAUUUGGGUCCGGAAACAACUACAAGGAAGUGCAAUGGAUGGGGGAGAGCUUUGCCGUGAAGCAUGUCAUCGGAGAGAUUGAGCCACUGAUGUCUGUGAUUUCUCUCCUAUCAUCCGUCUCACACACAAACGUAGCGUAUUACGUGUACUCGUUCGUCGAUGAAGAGAAGAAGGAGUGCUUUCUGCUGAUGGAGCUAAUGACCAAGGAUCUGUCCAGCUACAUCAAAGAAAUUUCCUCCACCAGAAGAAAGGUGUUAUUCCCUUUGCUGGUGGCAGUAGACAUAAUGCUUCAGAUUGCAAGAGGAAUGGAGUAUCUCCAUUCCAAGAACAUAUACCAUGGCGACUUGAACCCUUCAAACAUAUUGGUUAAGACGAGGAAUUCUUCACCAGAUGGAUACUUGCAUGUGAAAGUUACUGGAUGUGGGCUUUCACCAAUGAAGAACUCCAAGCCUUGGGCAAACCAGGCAGCUGCCACAAACCCAUGUAUCUGGUAUGCUCCAGAAGUCCUCCUAGAGCAGGAGCGGUCAGGGGAGAGCAGUGGUGGCUCAAAGUGCACGGAGAAGGCAGAUGUCUACAGCUUUGCAAUGAUAUGCUUCGAGCUGCUGACAGGGAAAAUUCCCUUUGAAGACGACCAUCUUCAAGGAGAUAAGAUGAGCAAGAACAUAAGAGCGGGUGUGAGGCCUUUGUUCGCAUGUCAAUCCCCCAAGUAUCUGACCACCCUAACAAAAAGAUGUUGGCAGACCGAUCCGUCCCAGCGGCCCAGCUUCUCUUCCAUUUGUAGAGUGCUCAGGUACAUCAAGCGAUUCUUGGUUAUGAACCCAGAUCAUAGCCAACCUGAUGCUCCAAUGCCACCGGCGGAUUACUAUGACCUCGAAAUUAGUCUGUGCAAGAGGUUCACAAACUGGGGAAGGAAAGAUGUUCCCCGGGUCUCAGAAAUCCCCUUUCAAAUGUACGCUUAUCGAGUUGCAGAAAGGGAGAAGACUAGCACCAACAUCAAGGACAAGUGUUCGGAUUCAGGGAGUGAAGGAGCCUCGGUUUGCAGCGAUGAAAACGCGUUCAUUAUAACUCUCCCAGAUGAUGUGGUUUCUACCUCUGUGGGUUCUGUGAAGUCAUUCUCUCCCACGAUUUCUGAUACUACCAACAAGACCUCCUCCACGGUGAAGGCUAGUGGGAAGAGCAAUAAGCAAUUAGGGAAGCUUCAAAAAUCAAGAACCAUUAUACCCACACACCUGACCGGACGCACUGCAAGAACCAACGCUGAAAACCGGCUGCAGCUGCAACCAGUUAUGAUGAGCCCAAGAAGACGGAAGGCAUCGGGGCAUGCCUCAGAUUCAGAACUAACAUAUAUCUGAAGACCCUCAUCCUGUCAUGAUCAAGAGACCCCUUCCCCACAGAGACCCAACACGAGGUAGUUGAGACCCUCAUACUGUCAUGAUCGAAGAUCGACCUUCUUCCAUACAGUUUCUCUUGUUUCACAUUCAUUGUUGUAUUGUUGAGUCGGAAAUGAUUGUAGCGGCUUUUCUGUAAACAGAUUCUCUUGUUUUUUCUUUUCUUUUUAUUAAUUU